UACUCUUCCGUUCCGGUUUAAAAUUUAACUAUACCUAUAAACACAUACACGCACCCAUAUAUAUGUAUGUACAAAUGCGCUGGUGUACGUUAAACAAACUAUGCUAACGCGACUCUAUACAACCGAAGAGGAUCCGGCAUUGUGUUCGAUUAUAUGGGGUACGAAUUUUACGGCAACGCCUGCUGCUGAUGAAAAUGACAGUAAUGUUGGUGGCAUAACAGCUGCUUCGAUCUCAUUAAAUGGUGCCAGUGCUGGUUACGUAAGUUCCGGUAGGAAUUCUGCUGCUUCUGCCGUUGUUGCAUCUGUUACAGUUGGCGACAAUUUACGCGACGAUUUUUACAUAAGCAAUGAGGAUCCACGCACGGAAAUAUUACGAGAAUACUCUUACGGCAUUAUAUUGCCCAUCAUAUGUGCUCUGGGCAUUAUUGGAAACGUACUCAAUCUCGUUGUAUUAACGAGACGUAAUAUGCGUGGCACGGCCUACAUAUAUAUGAGAGCUUAUUCAACAGCAGCUUUAUUGGCGAUUGUCUUUGCCAUACCUUUCGGUAUUCGAAUGUUGGUACACAAAGAUCGCGGACAAUGGCAAGAGUUCGGACCUGCAUUUUAUACCGCGCAUUUAGAACUUUUCCUAGGAAAUGGUUGUUUAGGUGUGGGCGUAAUGAUGCUAUUAAUUUUAACUAUAGAACGUUAUGUUUCCGUUUGUCAUCCAAGUUUUACUAGACCAGUAAUGGGUCCUCCCGGAUUAACUGUUUUCCUAACCACUGUGCUGACGUUUAUCAUAUACCUGCCGAGCGUUUUUCGCGGAGAAUUAAUUAAAUGCAUUUUACAAAACGACGGAAAUUUUGUAUAUUUUCGGCGAGACAACAAUGUUUUCCUCCGAACGAUCUUUUACUCUAUAUACAAAGUAAUGCUAGAAGUGAUAUUUAAAUUAAUACCGACUGUGCUGAUAGCGGGUCUUAAUUUACGCAUCAUGAUGGUCUAUAGGAAGACCUGUGAACGCAGACGUAAAAUGAUUUUGACUCGGGCUUCAUACAUCAAAGACGAAGAUCCUAGAAAGUUUGCUGAAGAGAGGAGAUUAUUUUUACUAUUAGGAAGUACAUCUAUAUUGUUCUUAGCCUGUGUCUCACCAAUGGCUAUAUUACAUAUGACAAUUGCCUCCGAAGUGUUGCCGAUCUUUUCAUUCCAGGUGUUCCGAGCGUUAGCUAAUCUUUUGGAGCUGACGAACUAUUCUAUAACAUUUUACAUUUAUUGUUUAUUUAGCGAAGACUUCCGCAAUACACUCAUGAGAACCGUAAAAUGGCCUUGGAUCAAAACUCAAUUGUGUCAUCAAGUGGAUGUGGAUGAGGGGAAUAUUCAUUUGCAGUAUCCACAACAACGAAGCUUCAGCGACACCAAGAUAUGUAUAUGGUUUGUUGUUGAUCAACAUGAAAUUCUGUAGCAAUUUAACCGUGUCCGUCCGUUGUAAAUGUUAACCUGACCCUGAAAGAUGAUGCUGUAGACUUAAAAUUUGGCUAAAAACAUUCAAAAAUUUCCGCACGCGAAUUGGUCAAGGCACACACGCCCGACGUGGUAGUGUUACCACUAAAGUGAGAACACCUCUGCUCUGUUUUUCGUUACUCAUUAUCAAGUACAGCCGAUAAAUGUACGAAAACCUGAGUGUAUUAUAUAUUCUAUGAGCGAUGCUGUAGUAUCUUCAAAAAAAAGGAAAAAAUGGACCGCGCCUACGCAAUUUAAUAGUGUGUCUGUCAUAAUGUAAUUUUUUUCAAAACCUUUACAAUGCGGCGAAGAAAGCUUCAAAGAUCGUGAAGCUUGAAUCGUUCCAAAUUCGGAAUGCGCCUAAACAAAUCGGUCUGUUCAUCUGCCCGUCUGCCCGCUGCGUAACCUUGCAGCAUCUGCGCCAAACAUUCUCUCGUUUGCAAAAAUGAAGACGUCGCCUGCAAACUUCCAAGACAACUUAUGCUGAAAAUAGAAACAACCAUCCACGCCGGCCCAAUAUUAACAGAGUAUGAAGAGUAUGUAGUUCUUUCAGUUUCUUUUUAGGAUCACGGUGGUGGGUAUAAAAGAUACGGUCACCGAAUCAAAUAUAAUUUUCUUACCUAUGUUACAAUCGUAAGAAUUCCGUUUCAUUUUCUAGUAAAUAUUUCUGAUAUUUU